AUGGUGGAACAGGAGGAAGAAAGAAUAGAAAAAGAGAGCCCCAAGAAGAUGACCAAGAAAAAAACUCGUUUGGAAGAGCUGGUGAGGCGCUUCUGGGAAAUCGAAGCAUUACACCAGACCCCGGGAGAUGGCUCCCCAUCAUCGGUCGAGGAUAAACGGGCCAUCAAGCUUUGGUCGACGACUGGACAGAGAGUACAGGGACACUACCAAUUCCCAAUUCCAUUCCGACGUCAACCGCCCUGCCUACCUGACAACAGAGCGCUCGCCGAGCGUCGCUUACUCGGACUAAAGAAACGCCUAUCGAGGGACACAAGGUUGAGACGACGGUACAAGGAGGAGAUGAAAAAAUUAUUCAAUGAAGGCUUCGCCGAAAGGGUGCCACUAAGGCAAUUAUCGAAAUCCGGUGGAAAUAGCUGGUACCUGCCUCAUCACCCAGUACUAAACCCCAAUAAACCAGACAAGGUAAGGAUCGUCUUCGAUUGUGCAGCAGCCUUCACAAAGACUUCACUCAACAACCAAGUGCUCCAAGGACCAGACCUCAACAACAAAUUGAUUGGAGUACUCAUGCGGUUUAGACAAGAGCCGAUCGCCCUGAUGGCCGACAUCGAAGCAAUGUUCCAUCAAGUGAAGGUAAACCCCGAGCACAGAGACACUUUACGAUUCCUCUGGUGGGAAGAUGGAGAUUUGACACAAACGCUAAUGACAUGUAGGAUGACAGUGCAUCUCUUCGGAGGAGUGUGGAGUCCCUCGUGCGCGGCCUAUGCUCUGCAACGGACCUUCCAAGACUUCGGAGAUGGGUUCUCGGAUGCCGCAAAUAGAGAGAAAUCAAACUUCUAUGUAGACGACCUGCUCCUGUCAGUAACUGAACCAAAAGAAGCAAUUACGAUAUCUCGGCAGUUGCGACAUCUUCCAUCCCUGGGAGGUUUCAAACUCACAAAAUGGAUCAGCAACAACAAAGAGGUCCUCAACACGAUACCACUUGAAAGUCGACAUACUGGAGUGAAGGAAGUGAACCUGGGAUGUGAAGACCUACCCACGGAGAGAGCUUUGGGAGUCAUGUGGGACCUAAAUGGAGACCAGUUUGCAGCAAAGGUUCAGGCUCCCACCCAACCAGCGACAAAAAGGGGCUUACUUGCAGUGGUAAGCUCGGUGUACGACCCUUUAGGAUUCAUCUGCCCUUUCACCAUCAAAGCCAAGCACAUUUUUCAAGACGAAUGCAGACGGAAGAAGGACUGGGACGAAGACAUCACCAAGCAAACCCUUCAUAAGUGGUUGCGGUGGCUUGAAGAUUUGAAAUCGCUGCGAAACUUCAAAGUUCCUCGCUGCUACAGACCUGGGGGCCUGGGUUGUGCCACCUCAUCGCAACUCCAUGACUUCUGUGACGCCUCACAAGUGGCCUAUGCAGUUGUAACGUACCUACGGACAGUAGAUAAUGAAGGUACUGCCAUAUGUUCUUUCGUUUGUGGCAAGGCUCGUCUGGCCCCUCUCAAACAGCUAACGGUCCCAAGGCUAGAACUCUGUGCAGCAGUCCUGGCGACAAGAGUAGACCAGACAAUCAAGCGUGAAAUUGGAGUCCCACUUGAAGAAUCUGUGUUCUGGACGGACAGUAUGAUUGUGAUCAUGUACAUCAGCAACCUAGAGAAACGUUUCCAUACCUUCGUUGCCAACAGGAUCUCGGCUAUACAUGAAGUCACGGAAAAGGCCCAAUGGAGACAUGUACGAUCACGAUGGAAUCCAGCAGAUGAUGCUACAAGAGGCAUACCUGUUGAAGACAUGUUAAAAGAAUGCAGAUGGAGUGAUGGUCCUUCUUUUUUGUCUCUACCUGAGAAGUACUGGCCGAAAAAACCGGAAAUCAGACACGAACUUGAGAACGAUCCUGAGGUUAAGCUCGAGACGGUGUCAUUAGCCACAGCAGGAAAUAAUGCUGAUGCCAUCAUGAAGCUGCUAUGA